GCUGGCCUGGUCAGCCCCGCCCACAUCGCCCCCUAUUUUGCACCCAAGCCAGCGCAGUGGCUCUUAAUCAGCAUCAGAGUAGCCGGCUGAAGCACGUCACCUGGGUGCAGGUCAGGUGUCACGGAGGAGGAAUCUGCCUGAAAAUUAGACACAUCAUCCCCAGGGAGCCGUUUUGUGAAUAACAGACACCAAAAAUGUGCUGCUCUGAUUUCCUUAGAGUCGUCAUGGUUGCCUUCAAUGGCAUCAUUUUCUUGGCAGGGGCCGCCAUCUUGGGCGUAGGUAUCUGGGUGAAGGUCGACAGCGGUUCCCUGCUGAAGAUCCUAGACCAGGUCGACAAUAUGCCAGUGGAGCUGAACCAGAUCUUUUAUGUGGGCUACCUGCUGAUCGCGGUGGGAAGCGUGCUGGUGCUCCUGGGGUUCCUGGGCUGCUGUGGGGCCAUCAAGAAGAGUCCCUGCAUGCUGCUGACGUUCUUCGUCAUCGUGCUCCUGGUCUUCAUAGCGGAAGUGUCCGGGGCGAUCGUGGUCCUGGUUUUCAAACCUCUGGUUGAUACAUUAAUCGAAAAAAUAGGCACUGAAGCGGUCCAAAAGAUCAAAACGGAUUAUGGGAAAAAUCCAAACCUUACUGAACUUUGGAAUGAUACCAUGGAUGGGCUGAACUGCUGUGGAUUUCAUAACUACACAGAUUUCACAGACUCCCCUUUUUAUAAUAAUAGUAGACACACCUACCCACAGACGUGCUGCAAGGGGAGUCCCUGUAACCUGCAAUCCGCCAGCACUUCGCAAGUGAAUGGCUGCUAUUUUGAGCUGGUGAAAUUAAUAGAGAAUAAUGCAGUUAUCCUGGGAGCAGUGGCCCUAGGGAUUGCUGCACUGGAGAUUGCUGCAAUGGUGGUUUCCAUGCAACUGUACCGGAAGAGCUUGCAUGAACACUGAGACAACGGAGCAGAUCAGUCUACAGUUUUUGUCUAUCUACCCGUCUGUGUCUUUAUACAUUAAAUCAGUUUUCCUAUUUUCCACCCACAGAAUCACAAUAUAUUGUUCAGAAUUACACUUUAAUAUACAAUAUUUUAUGUUGAGUUUUAAUCUGAAAACAUAUGCUUGCUAAUUUUAAGAGCAAAUAUUACAUUAUUUAAUAAUUCAAAUGUAUUUUUUUAUGUAUAGAGUUUUUAAUUUAGAUAUUAUGUUUUCAUGUCAACAGGAAAAUACUAUGUGGUAUUUUGUAUUCAUUGAAAUUAGAUUGAAAUAUUAAAAUGUAUGUUACAGAAU